GUCAUAAAAUGCUUUGGAGAAGAAUGUUGGAAAUAGAAAGCAUCUCUGUUUCCUUCUGACACUGACAGCCAUUGAUCCCCUCGAAGAGCAUCUCCGUCCCCAACCGCCCUGCCUGCCUUCCCAUCCCACAAAUCCUCGUCGGAAUCUGAUAUACUUCGACGGUGUCCGUCCACAUCUGAUUCUCGGAAUUUCAAAUUGCCGGAGAUGUCGCCGGCCAGCCGCCCCGUCCCGGCGAGUUUGGAGUCUCUUGUCAACGAGUUGGAGGAGAUGAAUGACCGGAGAACGGAUGCACACGAGCCUUUGAUAUCUAGGGUUUCGAGCCUUCCCGCCGGCCCUUCUGCUAACAAUCAGAGGAGGCGGAAACCUCUGGCCAAGACGGUUUCUGCCCCGUGUUAUCCCCGCCGCCAGUCUUCCUUCAGCCGUGAACUCGGCCAUGCCGCGGCUGAGACCUACUUGAUCACUCGCCUUAGCUUCAAGCUUCUUAGUUAUCUCGGGGUAGGCUAUCGUUGGAUUACACGACUUCUUGCUCUUGGUAUAUAUGCUAUGUUGCUUAUGCCUGGAUUUAUUCAAGUUGCUUUUUAUUACUUCUUUUCACCCAAUGUACGGAGAAGUGUUCUUUAUGGGAGUCAACCAAGAAAUAGACUGGACUUAUAUUUACCAACGGAUAGAAAUGGCUCAAAGCCGGUUGCAGUAUUUGUCACUGGUGGGGCAUGGAUUAUUGGGUACAAAGCAUGGGGUUCCCUAUUGGGGAAACAGUUAUCAGAACGUGACAUCAUAGUAGCAUGUCUCGACUACAGAAAUUUUCCACAGGGGACGAUAGGUGAUAUGGUGGAAGAUGUUUCUGAGGGGAUCUCAUUUGUAUGCAACAAUGUUGCUCAAUACGGAGGUGAUCCAAACAGGAUUUAUCUCAUGGGUCAAUCUGCUGGUGCACACAUUUCUUCAUGUGUUCUUGUAAAGCAGGCGAUUAAAGAAUCAAGAGAGGAAGUGGUUUGUUGGAGCGUCUCACAAAUAAAGGCAUAUUUUGGUUCAUCAGGGGGGCAAGUUUUCUGUCCAUUUUGCCUCUAGUAUAUGCCUUGUUUUUUCUCCUCUUGGGGUGCAAAUAUUAUCAAUCAUUAGACUAGGUUCCGACUGUUCACGUGAAAAGAGACAGUUUUUCAGAUUUUCCUCACAAUUCUUUAGACUUUUGUGGUAAAAAACUGUAUGUUUUUGAAAACGGCAAGUCAUUUUCUGGAAACAGUUUUAUGUUCUCUGUUCUUUUGGGGUAAAGCAUCAAAUCAUAUAUUGAACCUAUUUUCCAAGAAAACAUUUUCUUGGUAAACGCUUUUGUUGGAAAAUAAUUAUCAUGAUUUGUUGUCCUUGAAACAAGGGGAACCUAGGUGCCUUCCUUUCCAAUUAUAUUAGAAAAUCAUUUUCUUUGAUUUUCUAUGGUACCUUACAUUCAAUAAUAUCAUUACCUCGUG